AUGCCUGUCAAUUUCCCGCCACUAUUGACCUGCCCGGCUUACAUGGCAUCGUGUCUGACUCGGUAUAGGCCCAACAAUGACAGCAGUUUGGAACAUUAUACCGCACUGUUGGAUUGGAUGGUCAGCAAGGGUGGUCAGCUUCACGAAAGCGUUGAAAUAGCCAAGGAUGAACGGCGCGGCGUGCAUCUCCAGGUUAAGAAUGACUGGAAAGAUGGUGUUCCCAGUAAUACCCAUAUCAUCAAAACGCCUCUGACUUCCACAAUGUCGUAUUUCAAUGUUAUCGGCUACAGUUUCAACACAGAUGAUGGAAGUUUCAUUUCUUUCCCUGAGCACGGAGUCCAUUUCCCUCGCGGAUUUGCGGAAGCGGUGGGACAGGAAGAAUCAUCAAUCUUUUUUUUGAUGGGGCAGUACCUCCAGGGAAAGGAGGGUUUCUGGUACCCGUAUAUCAGGACGCUUCCUCAGCCUGGUGCUUUGACCACUCCUCUCUACUAUGAAGGAGAUGACCUGGAAUGGCUGGAAGGCACAAGUCUAUCCCCAGCGAGACAACAGAAAGCCAAUUUACUAAAGGAGAAGUAUGGAACUGUAUACACUGAGCUCUGUAAGGCUGGGUUCGAUGGUGCUGAGAAGUACACUUGGGAUCUUUAUCUUUGGGCGUCGACCAUCUUUGUUUCGCGGGCGUUCUCCGCUAAAGUGCUCUCUGGUGUGAUUCCCGAUACACAGCUCCCUGAGGAAAACGUUUCUGUGCUCCUACCCUUCAUUGACAUUCUAAAUCAUCGUCCACUUGCAAAGGUAGAGUGGCGCGCUGGCAAGGGGAAUGUUGCAUUUUUAGUCCUGGAAGACGUCGCCGCCGGUCAGGAGAUUUCAAACAAUUACGGGCCCCGAAAUAAUGAGCAGUUAAUGAUGAAUUAUGGCUUUUGCCUUCCGAAUAAUCCUUGUGACUAUCGUAUUGUCAGCUUACGAGCACCACCUGGCAGUCCACUUCAGAUGGCAAGAUCUCAGCAGCUACAGAUGUUCCCGGGACUGGCUAAAGAGACGGAUGAUCCGUACUACGUUUUUAAUGUCUUUUACCCUCUUCUUGCUCCUGAUACGCCGAUGGAGCAUUCGAUCUUCUCCCCGGCACUUUUCGACGCUGUCUCGAUAUUGGCAGCUAACAAUAGGGAAUUGGAGACUCUUGAAGUCACGGAGCAAAGCAUCCGAAUCCCAGACACUUACGGGAACUCGCGAACCACUCUUGCCGCCCUCAGCCAGAUCAUCAUCGAGUUGAUCACACAUAUUGUAAAGUUAAGAUCUUCAGCGGCCGACCUACAGAACCCUGGUAAUCUCAAGCAGACCCAUGCAAAAAUCUAUCGCGACAGUCAAAUCAUGCUGUCCGAAACGGCUUUGGUCAUUGCAGCAUGGACUCUAAACCGGGCGCGACAGCACAACUUUGGAGGAAGCUGGGAGGAGACAAAACAGCUUCUCGGUUCCCAUAUGGUCCGUGUGCCUCCAGGAAAGUUCCCAGAGGAAAUACGGUCUCGGAUACAGGUGCGCAUUCUCGAGCGCCAGUCAGUUCUUGCAAACAAUGGAGAGCUAUUUGUGUUGGAUGACUUGCCCGAAAUACUUCCCGUUGAGAUGCAACAACCCUGCAAAGCGUGCUUACAGGGCGUCACUCAGAACGCUGGAAGGGCUAUCCCGAUGCUGAGGGGAAGCCUUGAAACAUCCCCCUUUGCCUUCCCGAUGUUCCUCUGCUUUAUCAGAGCGGCUCACACCGCUGGAGAAUCUAACAGUGAGACAGUUUCUCUUUCAUCUCGACUCAGUAAAUGGGCCAGAUGCCUUCUCGAGAACUACCCAGCUCCUCCUGAAGAUGUACUAUGGGCGCUCGAAGAUGAGGAUGAUGAGCAGUUGCUGGACAUGUUUGAUAACGUGCUUGAGGGAAUGAAAACACGGAACGGUGCUAUCUUCUCCGACUUGGAGAAAUUCACAGGAGAAUGGCAGGGAGAUAACUGGUGGCUUUCUCCUAACUGGCUCCGAUGGGCAUGGAUGAUUACGGAGCAAGAAAGCGUGCAGGUACCAGAGGAACCGCUGGCUUUGUUGGCCGCAGAGCAGCCCGGGCAAGGACAAGUGAUGCUCUCUACGGCGCCAUGUCUGUAUAUCCCGCAGUAG